AUGGCAGAUACGAAGGUAACCCUGAAGCUUUUGAUUGACAAAAAGAGCCAACAGGUGCUCUUUGCUGAAGCAGAAAAAAAAUUUGUUGAUUUUCUCUUUAGCAUUUUCACUCUGCCGGUCGGAACAGUCACGAGGCUCUUACAGAAGCAAAACAUGGCAGGCUGCUUGCAUAGCCUGUACGAGAGCAUAGAGAAUCUGAAUGAUAUUUACAUUGAGGCAGGCCAAGUCAAAGGCUUUCUCCUAAACCCAAAAGUAGCCAUUUCUGGAGCCACAGUACUCCCUGAUCUCCUCUUGCCAAGCGUUGAGCAGUCAUACACAGCCAGGAAAAUUUAUAGGUGUGGCCACUGCUUUGAGUACGUUGCGCAUGACCGGGGAUCAAUUUGUCCUUCGUGCGCCAAAUCAAUGACCAGCGAGUUAAUUUACGUAGACCCUCCAAGCUUAGUGAAGUCAUAUACAAGAAGUAGAUUUUAUAGGUGUGCCAAAAACCGCUGUAAGCACGUGGCUAUUAACGGGACAACAAUUUGUCCUUCGUGCGGGAAUCCAAUGCCCUACGAGCAAAGUUACGUACACCCGCCAAGGAAUAUCAAGGCAUCCUCCUCUAGUGAGGGAGGUUACGUGAAAGGGGUGAUCACUUACAUGGUGAUGGAUAAUCUGGAGGUGAAGCCCAUGUCAACCAUCUCUUCUAUCACUUUACUUACCAAGUUAAAUGUCAAGGACGUAAGGGCUGUUGAGGAGAAGGUGGUCGAUUUCGGCAUGGAUGAGGCUGUAAAAUUGCUCAAGUCUUCUCUGAAUUCAAAGACUGUCUUGACUGAUGUCUUCCUUCGGGCAGAGACCACUGGAACUGAGACUUUGAUUUCUAGGUGCAAGAACUGUAACAUGCUGUGGCAAUAUAUACAUGCACAGCAAGCAUCACAACUGGAAUUUAAAGGCGUUGCCUAA